UAUGUUCUACAUUUGUAAAGACUGCAAUGAUCAUUUCUCUCACUCCUUUUGGUUAGAAUGUAGAUAUUAUCAAUAGCAUAUCUGUAUACAGGGACAUGCCGUUGACCAAACACGGCACAACAGAGGAGUGUUCACAAUUUGGUGCACUGUUUUGUUUUUUUGUUUUAAUUUUUAUUUUCCAUUUACGUUUUUUAUUUUUAGUCGGAUCCACUAGAGGUCGCUGGAGCACUGUAUAGAAAGCAGUUUCGACUGCUUGUUAUUACAAGAACUGAAGUUAACAGAUAAAAUCAACUACCAUGUCCUUUGGGAGCUUGAGCUUUGCGAUUGUGGAUCUGUUAAUAAAUUGUUUAAGAAUAUAGUUCUGGGUUUCAUGGCUUUGUGAAGAGAUUUUCAUCAGUUUGGUUUUACAUGGAUUUGGAUUUACAUCCACUUUUGAUUGCCACAUUGCAACGUUCUUGAUUGAUAUAUUGAAGAUGAUUUAUGCUUCAGCCAAUGGACGUCCAUAUAUAGGCGGAUGUGGUUCGCAGGAAACUGGUACCAAUCACGGCGCAGCACCAACUUCAUAGAGGCGGGACUUUGCCGCCGAAAGAACGUUUGCAGACGCCAAUCAUGCGCAGCCCUCAGCCCUCAUUGGUCCACCGUCAUGAAUGAGGCUAAGUCAUGUAUCUGCCACAUGUGCAGCACCCACCUCAACAGACUCCAUUCCUGCCUCUACUGCGUCUUCUUUGCCUGUUUUGCCAAGAAACACAUCCAUGAACAUGCUAAGAGCAAAAGGCAUAACCUAGCUAUUGACCUGCUGUAUGGGGGAAUUUACUGCUUUAUGUGCCAAGACUACAUUUAUGACAAAGACAUGGAACAGAUUGCCAAAGAGGAGCAAAGAAAAGCCUGGAAAAUGCAAGGCAUAGGGGAGAAGUACUCAACGUGGGAGCCCACCAAGAGGGAGCUGGAGCUGCUCCGCCACAACCCCAAGAGGAGGAGAAUCACAUCCAACUGUACUAUUGGCCUGCGUGGUCUGAUAAACCUGGGCAACACGUGUUUCAUGAACUGCAUCGUUCAGGCACUGACACACACGCCGCUGUUGCGUGACUUCUUCCUGUCUGAUCGACACAAGUGCGAGAUGCAGAGCAACUCCUGCUUGGUGUGUGAGAUGUCACAACUCUUCCAGGAGUUCUACUCGGGUCACCGCUCGCCUCAUAUCCCAUUCCGCCUCCUCCACCUGGUGUGGACUCACGCCCGUCACCUGGCUGGCUAUGAGCAGCAGGAUGCGCACGAGUUCCUCAUUGCAGCGCUGGAUGUCCUACACAGACAUUGCAAAGAUGACAAUGGGAAGAAAGCCAACAAUCCUAACCACUGUAACUGCAUCAUCGACCAAAUCUUCACAGGGGGCCUGCAGUCUGACGUCACCUGUCAAGUCUGCCAUGGCGUUUCGACAACCAUAGACCCGUUCUGGGACAUCAGCCUGGACCUGCCGGGCUCCUCCACGCCGUUCUGGCCCCUCAGCCCCGGAGGAGAUGGAUCAGCACUCAACGGAGAGUGUCACGCCACUGGAGCCACAACACUCACAGAUUGUUUGCGCAGGUUCACCAGACCAGAGCACCUUGGCAGCAGCGCUAAAAUCAAGUGUAGCGGUUGCCAUAGUUACCAAGAGUCCACCAAGCAACUGACCAUGAAGAAGCUGCCUAUCGUAGCCUGCUUUCACCUCAAAAGGUUUGAGCACUCAGCCAAACUGCGGCGGAAGAUUACAACUUAUGUCUCCUUUCCACUGGAGUUGGACAUGACACCUUUCAUGGCCUCCAGUAAAGAAAGCAGGAUGAACGGGCAGUACCAGCAGACCGUCGACCCCUUCAACAAUGACAACAAAUAUAGUCUGUUUGCUGUGGUGAACCACCAGGGGACACUAGAGAGUGGCCAUUACACCACCUUCAUCCGGCAGCACAAGGACCAGUGGUUCAAAUGUGACGAUGCCAUCAUCACCAAGGCCAGCAUCAAGGACGUACUGGACAGUGAAGGGUACCUUUUGUUUUACCACAAACAAUUCCUGGAGUAUGAGUAGUUCACUCCCUCAGCCCAGACUGCAGGAGGAGAUGAGGGAUGAUGCAAGGAUGUAGUUGCAUGGGAACAGGUAAUAGUGAUGAGAGAGGCAAGGAAACAGAAACACAAGCCUACCUGAAUCACUCUUAAGUCAUAACUCUUGCUCUAACAUGGAACCACACCUAUACAUCCUUAUCUAGCUCAUUUGUACGACGUUCAACGACGAACCCUCUGCUGUGUGCAACAGAGCAAAGAUAUAACAACCAAACAAAAUGCAAGAAGUUUCGAAGGGAAAUUUGUUUGGGUCCUGAAGGAAUAUUGCAUUCUUGCAAGUAUUUAAUUUUAUUUUUUAUUUUUAUGUUUUGCACUGGAACUCUGAGGAUAAAGAAGAAAGCAACUGUGAUAAUCUACUAAAAGAAAGAAAAUACUUCAAAAUCAGUCUGUACUUCCUUUCAGAUAAUAGAAGAAUAGUGUUGUAUUGCUAUGUUUCUGGUUUUCAGACAGACAGAA